AUGACUAAGAUCGCUCUGCUUGGUGCUGCAGGCCAGAUUGGCACACCACUCAGCCUUUUGUGCAAGUCUAGUGAUUUGUUUGAUGAAAUCUCGCUCUAUGAUGUUGUUCAUGCCCCAGGCAUCGCAACGGACUUGAACCACAUUGAUACCAGGGCCAAGGUCUCAGGCCACCUUGCUGAGGAUGGAGGGCUACAGAAAGCAUUAGAAGGAGCCGAUAUUGUGGUGGUUACCGCCGGAAUUGCUCGCAAGCCAGGGAUGACUCGAGACGAUCUCUUCAAGACUAAUGCAAGCAUCAUCCGCGACCUCUUCACCGAAGUUGCCAAGACUUGCCCACAGGCCAUUUGCUGUAUAGUGACGAACCCAGUCAACUCAACGGUUCCCGUGGCGGCCGAAGCUUUACGCAAGGGAGAUGCAUAUGACCCUACCCGCCUAUUCGGCGUGACAACCCUUGAUGUUGUACGGGCGUCGACCUUUAUCGCACAUGCUCUCGGCGGAAGUGCCGACCCCAAGUCAUUCAAGGUGCCUGUCAUUGGGGGACACAGCGGCGCAACCAUCUUGCCACUCUACAGCCAGGUAGUGCCUAAAAUCAGCAUCGACUCGGAAAAGCUGGCACAGGUUAUUUACAGGGUACAGUUUGGUGGGGAUGAGAUUGUUGAGAGCAAAAAGGGUGCUGGCAGUGCGACGACCUGCAUGGCUUACGCUGGAUUUCGCUUUAUCAAGGCCUUGCUACAAGCGAAGAGCGGCACCCCCGUUGUAGAGGAAGCCUAUGUCUACCUUCCCGGCAUAGAGGGUGGCAAGGAGAUUGCUGCCAGGCUGGGAGUUGAUUACUUUGCUGUGAAGGUAGAGCUGGGUCCUAAUGGAGCCACCAAGGUCUUUGAUAUCGGCUCACUGUCAGAUAGCGAGGAGAAGCUGCUGGAAGUGGCCCUUAAGGACCUCAAAGCAAACAUCCAGGCUGGACAUACUUUCAUG